CAGCGCAUUCCCAUUCUGCAAAAGAAAAGAAGACGAGUAGGAGGAGGUGAUGUAGAGGAAGAAGAAGAAGGAGAAGAACAAGAAGAAGAACAAGGGAUUGAGCAUGCAUGAAACCCGAGCACGAGAUCAUCUCCCACCGCGCUAACCCAAUGAUGACCACGGCGCAGGCCCUGCUCCCCAUCCCCGCAGCAUUUCCACUCCUAAAAAGAGACCUCACUCCUCCCUCUCCUUUUAUCUACCCUAUCUCCAUCCACACCACCACCUCUAGCGCUGCUGCCACCUCCGCUCCCCCGCCAUGUCCGCCGCCACACGCACCGUCGCCUUCCUCUGCUUUCUCCUCCUCGCCACCGCGGCAGCUGCCGCGGCAGAACCGCUCCCUGUCGUCGCCCUCCUUUCCCUCGGCUCCUCCCUCCUCGACCCCUUCUCCUCCCUACGGGACUGGUCCUCCUACCCUUCCGCCAACCUAUCCGGUGAGCCACGGCCGUGGUGCUUCUGGACGGCCGUCACGUGCGACGCCAGCGGUGGGAUCACCGCCCUCGACCUCUCUCGCAAGAACCUGUCCGGCUCCAUCGCCGUUGAGAUCCGCUUGCUCUCCUCGUCCCUUACCCACCUCAACCUCAGCGGCAACUCCUUCGGCGGACCCCUCCCUCCGUUCCUCUUCGAGCUCACCCGUCUCCGGACCCUCGACAUCAGUCACAACGACUUCAACUCCACCUUCCCGCCGGGCGUCUCCAAGCUCCGCUCUCUCUCCCUCCUCGACGCCUACAGCAACAGCUUCGUAGGCCCGGUGCCGCGCGGCAUCACGAAGCUCCGCCAGCUCGAGCAUCUCAACCUAGGUGGGAGCUUCUUCGAAGGCGGUAUUCCUCUCGGGCUCGGCAGCUUGCCGCGGCUUCGUUAUCUUCACCUCGCUGGUAACCUCCUAACCGGGAGGCUGCCGCACCAGCUCGGUUCGCUGACACUGCUCGAGCACAUGGAGAUUGGGUAUAAUUCGUACCAAGGCGGCGUCCCGCCCGAGUUCGGGAGGUUGACGAAUCUUCGUUACCUUGACAUCUCGUCGGCCAACGUCUCCGGCGAGUUGCCGUCUGAAGUCGGCAACCUCACCCAGCUCGAGUCGUUUUUCCUCUUCAAAAACAGGAUUUCCGGAAGAAUUCCGGCGAGUUUGUCCGAUCUGAGAGCUCUCAAGGUGCUCGACCUAUCCGAUAAUCUUCUCUGCGGCCAAAUUCCGUCGGGCUUGUCGAGUCUACUCGACCUCACUUUGCUCAGCCUCAUGAACAACCAGCUCUCGGGCGAGAUUCCCGCCGGAAUCGGGACGCUUCCGAAUCUACAAGCGCUCCUUCUGUGGAACAACUCGCUCACCGGCGAGCUCCCGAGGGAACUUGGCGUGCAUGGUAGGCUGGAGAAGCUGGAUGUGUCUUCCAACUCGCUCACCGGUCCGAUCCCGCCAGGUCUCUGCUACGGGAACCGGCUCGACAGGCUCAUCCUCUUUUCGAACUUCUUCGACUCGGUGAUUCCGCCAUCACUCGCUAAUUGCACGUCCCUGUGGCGCAUGCGCAUCGAGGGGAACCGCCUCGUCGGCCCCAUACCCACGGGCUUUGGCUCAUUGCCUAACCUGACCUACAUGGACCUCAGCAGCAACAGCCUCUCGGGAGGCAUACCAGAAGACCUGGGAAACGCCCCCCGACUGGAGUACUUGAACGUCUCAGGCAACCCGCUCCUGACGCCGCUGCCCAAGUCCAUCUGGAGAGCGCCGAGUCUUCAGAUCCUCGUGGCUAGUUACUGUGGAUUGAGCGGCAAGAUACCUGACUUCGAUUCCGGCUGUCGGAACCUCUACAAGAUCGAGCUGGAGGGUAAUGAGCUCAAUGGGAGCAUCCCCGCUGACAUAGGCCACUGUCAGAAGCUCCUAAAUCUGAAACUGGACCGAAACAGACUUACAGGAUGCAUUCCACUGGAGCUGGCGCAGCUCCCAUCAAUAGCCGACAUCGAUCUCUCUUGGAACUCACUUGCCGGUACCAUUCCGCCGGUGUUCGACAAUUGUAGCACCCUGGAGAGCUUCAACGUUUCCUUUAACCGUCUCGUCGGUGCCGUCCCUUCCGCCAGUGCCGUUCUCGGGAACCUCCACCCGUCGGCAUUCGCUGGAAACGUUGGUCUCUGCGGCGAGCUGGUGGGAAAGCCGUGUGAGGUCGAAGGCACGGCUGCCCCGCAGCAAACCGCUCGGGGUUCGGCAGGCGCGGCGAUCGUAUGGAUCGCUGCUGCAGCGGUGGCAGCAGGGUUGGUCGUUCUGAUACUCGGAACUCGGUGGACUCAGCAAAGGGAGGAGGAGAUCGACGAGGAGCUGGGACCCGGGCAGUGGCGGAUGACGGCAUUCCAGCGUCUAAACUUCACGGCGGAGGAUGUUGCAGCCUGUGUGUCGUCAAGCGACCAGAUCAUCGGGAUGGGAUCGACGGGGAUUGUGCACCGCGCGAAGAUGCCUAGCGGAGAGGUCAUAGCCGUAAAGAAGCUCUGGGGGCCGCAGAAGGAGGCGGGGAGGCUCAUGAGGAGGAAAGGCGGCGUGAUGGCGGAGGUGGAGGUGCUGGGAUCCGUGAGGCACCGCAACAUCGUCCGGCUACUAGGCUGCUGUACCAACAGGGAGGCGACGCUACUGCUGUACGAGUACAUGCCCAACGGGAGUCUGGAGGACCUACUCCGAGACCGAAGCAGCAGCGGCGGUGGAAAGGGAGGAGCGGGCUGCGGCAUGAGCUUGGACUGGACGACGCGGUACCGCAUAGCGGUCGGGAUCGCGCAGGGCAUUUGCUACCUCCACCACGACUGCAAACCAGUGAUCGUGCACCGCGACCUCAAGCCUAGCAACAUAUUGCUGGACGCGCAGAUGGAGGCACGGGUGGCGGAUUUCGGGGUGGCAAAGCUCAUACGGACCACCAACCAGUCCAUGUCCGUCAUCGCUGGAUCCUGCGGCUACAUUGCCCCCGAGUACGCGUACACGCUUCAGGUGGACGAGAAGAGCGACAUAUACAGCUUCGGCGUGGUGCUGAUGGAGAUGGUGAGCGGGAGAAGGUCGGUGGAGGCAGAGUACGGGGAGGGGAACAGCAUCGUGGACUGGGUGAGGGGGAAGAUGCUGAGGGCAGAAGGGGGAGGCUCGUGGGAGGUGCUCGACCAGUCCGCCGGUGCGGGCUGCAAGGAUGUGAUGGAAGAGAUGAUGAUGGUGCUCCGCAUCGCCUUGCUCUGCACCAGCAGGAACCCCAAGGACCGGCCAUCGAUGAGGGACGUGCUCUCCAUGCUCAGAGAAGCAAUGCCCAACAGGAAGGAGGCGGCCAUCGCCGAGCAGCAGCAGCAUCAAGGCCUCGGUGGCAGCGCUUCCCGGCUGCAACAGUGACGCGGAAGAUGUUUGUGUUUGUGUAGUGCGUGUAUUCUGGUUUUUGUUUUUCUUUAUUUCGUGGGUUCUCUCUACAAACCAAUCACCGUGAAAUAUUAACUUCUAUUUUCCAAUUCA